AUGUGGUAUAUUAUGCAGAGCAUUCAGAGUAAAUAUUCUUUGUCGGAGCGCUUGAUCCGGACUAUUGCAGCCAUCCGAUCCUUCCCGCAUGACAAUGUCGAAGACCUUAUCAGGAGGGGAGCAGAUGUUAACUGUAUGCACGGUACCCUGAAGCCAUUGCACUGUGCUUGCAUGGUUGCUGACGCCGACUGCAUUGAGCUGCUCUUGGAAAAAGGAGCUGAGGUCAAUGCCCUUGAUGGCUACAACCGAACAGCACUUCACUAUGCAGCGGAAAAGGACGAGACCUGCGUAGAGAUCCUGUUAGAAUAUGGGGCAAAUCCCAAUGCUCUGGACGGCAACAAGGACACGCCACUGCAUUGGGCCGCCUUCAAGAACAAUGCUGAAUGUGUCCGAACACUCUUAGAAAGCGGCGCCUUUGUCAAUGCUCUGGAUUACAACAACGACACCCCCCUGAGCUGGGCAGCGAUGAAGGGAAACCUGGAGAGUGUAAGCAUCCUUCUGGAAUACGGGGCAGAGGUCCGGGUGGUCAAUAUGAAGGGGCAGACUCCGAUUUCGAGGUUGGUUGCCCUGCUGGUCAGAGGACUCGGCACCGAGAGGGAAGACUCCUGCUUCGAUCUCCUCCACAGAGCCGUAGGACACUUUGAGUUGCGGAAGAACGGCACGAUGCCCCGCGAAGUCACGCGGGAUCAGCAACUCUGCGAAAAGCUCACCACCCUGUGCUCCGCCCCGGGCACCUUAAAGACGCUGUCGCGCUAUGCUGUGCGCCGCAGCCUGGGAGUCCAGUUCCUGCCUGAUGCAGUGAAGGAGCUGCCUCUGCCAGAAUCUCUGAAAGAGUAUGUGUUGCUUAAAUGACAGCUAAAGCCUCGCAAGGCUCUGUUAAGAGCUCACUUUGGUUGACUUACUGUGCAGCUCCUUUCCUGGUGCUUUCAACUGACUGUAGCAGUGAUAUGAAGUAGUUUUUUUUCAGAUCAGUGUGUAACCGCACAGGGGAUACUGGUUCUGACAUUGGCUGGUGGUUUCCCUUAGUUUCUCAUUUUUCCCCCUUCUUUUCUUCACUGAGAGAGGCUGGAAGGUGUAAUGUCUGGUUCUUGAGAAAGAACCCUGCUCUUCGCCUCCUGCAGCAGCUCUUCCCUGAAUUCCUAGAUCUGAUUUCUCCUGAGAAUCUUUCGCACAAAGGGAAGGUGGAGCUACGUAUCAGGCUGAAGGAGGAGGUGGUGAGGAAGGCACAAAAGCCGAAUUAUUGGUGACCUUCCUGCUUCUGGCUUUACACUCUUGAGUCAGCAGGCCUGUCUUGCCAUUUCAUUUUCUGCUGCAAGGUAAAGUGGCUUGAUGGAUUGGAACAAUGGCAGCCCUUCUCUGUUACACUGCACCCUUUGCGUCUCUCCUAUCCACUCAUCAGAUUGGCAGGAGAGGGAGAAUUCUCUCCAAAGUAGUGGAUCAUGUUUUGAUACUUUGGCCAGAUCUUCAUGUGCAGCAGAAUGAAAUUCCACCACAAAUCCCAAGGUGGUAGUGGACUGUCUCACUUCAGACUGUAGGUGGAGAAUAUGAUUUGUGAAUGGCCCUUGGUUGGGAGUCAGGUUGAGGAACCAAACCCCUGCAAGUAGAAAGCAAACGCCUCAGGACAACAAGUUCUUCAGCAGUCCUUUAUUUGCUGUCCGAAUGUAAAGUGAUAAUGUAAGCAAAAGCAGUGUGCAGGUUCAAACCGACACUCUGAGAUGAUAAUCUUCCUUUCAAUCAUGUUCUCCUGCAUGUUUAGAUCCACCCUUCAUCGGGGAAGGGUUCAGCUGAGCUCCAGAAAGCAGGCCAGUCAUGCUAAAUCACAGUGAGUUUUUUCUUUAAAAAGUCAAGUAGCAAGAUAGGUACAAGAAGUACAUGUGUGAGAUUUGUACCCUGAAUGAUAAGGAAGUUGGUUGCCGUCUACAUAGUGUGCUCGUGUAUCUUAUUUAUGGCUUUAGAGCUUAGUAAGCAUAUUCUUCAGUCUCCUUGCAGUUUGAAAGUGGGUCUCAGCGCCCUGUGUUGAGCCUCAUUGAACUACAGUUCCCAUCAUCCCUGGCCAUGCUUGCUGAGGCUGAUGAGAAUUGUAGUUCAGCAACAUCUGGAGGGUCAUAGGUUUAUAGCUGUUCAGUUAAUUUCUGGUUUGCUGUCACAUUACUCAAUUUCAGCUGUGCUUUACUGUGUUUUCCUUAAUUAGCAACACAGUGUUCACGGGGUAGGGGGUAUUUUAGUACUUUAAACACUGCUGCAUUCAAAAAAACCUCUAAAGGUUUCAAGGUGUUUCCAUCCAACACAAGUCCCUUUAGUGCCCAAGCAACAGUAAAACUUUAUUACUACCUGCAGCUAUGAAUCCUGCAUUUAUUUACAGCAAAUUGGUUAGAGGACAGAAGCAACAUCUGAGCCCACGUGCUGUCGCAAAUCUCCCAAGGUUUUGGACCAGCUUUUGUUUGCUCAGUCCAGUUCUUAAACUCCGAUAGCUGACACACAGGGUUUUCCCUGAUUGUAAAAUUAUAGCUAUAUUUCAAUUUACACUCUAGGAUAACCUAAUUUCCUUAGAUCACGGGGAAGGAUGGAUAGCCCAGUGAUACUGUUGCCUGAAGGCCCAGCUCCUUCUACUUUCAGCCAAGGCUUAAAAAUGAAAUGAAUUUUUUCUGAGGAUAGGAGAUGCUUCUAGGAUUCCCUUACAUCCCUCAGGAUAUCGCUGUUGGUUGGGUAGGGAGUGUGAACUAAUUCUGAGCAGUGAAUGUAUCCAACUGGGCACCGUAAAUUUUCAAGGCAGUGUGGGAUUGCUCUAAUCACUUGGUAAAAUGAACAGUGUCCUAAGCCAUGAGUCGGGUGGUUAAAAGGCUGUUUCAUAUAAGGAGAGCCAUAACCUUAUAUGGAGAUGUAGUUCUUUCCAUUCACAGGCAAUCCAGAAACAUUGCUCCAUACUUUUAAGAACAACCAAAAUCAUGUCUUCCUUAUAACAGUGGCAAUGCAGUUGCCAUUCACUCUGGGAACACCUCUCUCCCAUUGAGUUAAGCCUACCUGAGUACCUGCUGGACAGUGAGAAGCCACAUAUUGGGAGGAACAAAUCAUGCCAUGAGCUCAAAAUCCCCUUUGCCCAAGUGUUUGGUUGCUAUGGAGGAAGAAGGUUCGUUAGGUGAGCAAAUAACUUGUGUGGAGUAUUAAAAGUUUACUAAUUAAAAAUGGUGGUGUAGAAGCAA